CUCUCGCGUUAUUGAGCGCAGUUUCCCAGCCAGCCCUGUGGUGUGUUCGCGAUAAAGACGAAGAAAGAUGGCGACGCAGGGGACCGAAUCAACUAAAGCUGCCGUGAGCAACGGCGAGGUUAGCAGCAAUGGGACUGCUUCAACGACAGACGGACAGACUGUGCAGACUGCUGGAAACGCACAGGACCCUCAGCAGCAGCAGCAACAAGCACCUAAUGCAUGGCAGGUCAUUAAAGGAGUUCUCUUUAGAAUCUUCAUAAUCUGGGCCAUCAGUAGCUGGUUCCGCCGAGGGCCAUCCACUCCUGACCCCACCACACCAGCAGGUGCCCCCAGAGUACCCAGCAGGAACCUCUUUCCCAAAGACACCCUCAUGGACCUGUAUGUGUACGUGUCCCAGGAGGAAGUAUUCUCUGACUUCAACAACACAGAGGCCCUGUUCUGGUUCCACAGGGACCUGGUCUAUGGAGACUGGACCACAGGGGAGACUGGAGAUGGCUGCUAUCAGCACUAUAAGGAGUUGGACAACCCAGAGAAGGUACAGCAGAAUGGCUCUCUUUACAUACACGUCUACUUCACCAAAAGUGGAUUCCACCCAGACCCAAAACGCAAGGGGCAGUAUCGCAGACUGGCCACAGUUCAUUCAACAAGAAUGCUGAAUAAAUUCAAGCGAAGAAAGUUUCAGAAAACCAAGAAUCUGCUCACAGGAGAGACAGAAGCAGAUCCUGAAAUGAUUAAGCGGGCAGAGAGUCAUGGUCCAGUGGAAAUUAUCUCACACUGGCAUCCCAACAUCACUAUCAACAUGGUAGACGAUCACACAGCCUGGGUGAAAGGCUCUGUUCCACCUCCUCUAGACCAAUAUGUCAAGUUUGAUGCAGUCAGUGGUGACUACUACCCCAUUGUGUACUUCAAUGACUACUGGAACCUUCAGAAGGACUACUAUCCCAUCAAUGACACCCUGACAACACUCCCACUGCGUCUCACUUUCUGCCCACUGUCCUUGUGGCGAUGGCAGCUGUAUGCUGCCCAGAAUGCUCGCUCGCCAUGGAAUUUCCUUCCUGAGGACACCUACGAGCAGUCGGAUGAAGACCAAGACUCCGUCAAAGUUGCCCUUUUGGAAACCAAUCCAUACCUGCUGGGACUCACCAUUGUUGUCUCCAUUGUGCACAGCAUCUUUGAGUUUCUUGCCUUCAAAAAUGACAUCCAGUUUUGGAACAGCAGACAGUCUUUAGAAGGUCUGUCUGUGCGCUCCAUCAUAUUUGGAGUGUUUCAGUCUCUAGUUGUGCUGCUGUACAUUCUGGACAACGAAACCAACUUUGUGGUGCAGGUCAGCGUCUUCAUUGGUCUUCUUAUUGACCUGUGGAAAAUCACCAAGGUCAUGGAUGUCAGAUUAGAUAGAGAGAACAAAAUCGCAGGGAUCUUUCCGAGAUUGGUGUUCACAGACAAGUCAACAUAUGUGGAGUCUUCAACCAAAAUCUACGACGAUAUGGCCUUCAAGUACCUGUCAUGGCUUCUCUACCCUCUGUUUGGCUGCUAUGCUGUCUACAGUUUAUUGUAUGUAGAGCAUAAAGGCUGGUACUCAUGGGUACUCAGCAUGCUUUAUGGCUUCUUGUUAACCUUUGGUUUCAUUACGAUGACACCACAGCUGUUCAUCAACUACAAAAUGAAAUCUGUAGCCCACCUUCCAUGGAGGAUGCUCACCUACAAGGCCCUCAAUACUUUUAUUGAUGACCUGUUUGCCUUUGUCAUCAAGAUGCCCAUGAUGUACAGGAUAGGAUGCCUCAGAGAUGAUGUGGUGUUCUUCAUCUACCUUUACCAGCGCUGGAUCUACCGGGUUGAUCCUAACAGGGUCAAUGAGUUUGGCACAAGCGGAGCAGAUCACACUAAGAACAACACGACGGAUGCCGCCCCCGUGGCGGAUGCCGUCCCCGCUGCCGCCAUCACAAACAAGCCAGAAGAGGAGAAGAAGAACGAUUAAAGCGAGACCUCACACUUGUCUUCGCCCCCUGACCCAGACUGGAGGGGUGAAGAGGACUUGUGGAAAUUAGGCAGGGAGGGGAGCAGCUGUUUAUUAUGGACGUCACUACAAAAUUGAAGAAAGAGAUAAAAAGAAAAGAAGAAAAAAAAAUUAUGCAGUUCAACUGUUCCCUCUGAUCUCUGUGUGGAUCCACAGAGAAUCAUUUUCAGUGUAGACUCGGUAAAUUCUUCUUUCUGUUCCCCACCCAUCCCAACCCUCUCGUUUUGCAGUUCAAGUGAAGUAAAACAAAAACGUGAUGUACUGUAUUCUGUGUGACCUUUUUUUUAGAGGGUAACAAUGUCUUGAAGUAGAUGUUGGGAGGGGAACAGGUCACAGUUAUACUACAGUUUUUUUAUACAGGGAAGAAAGAGGCCAAGUGCAACUUUUGAUCUUUGUGUAUAUUCCUUGUGAAUUUUUCUUUUGAUUUCAUUCCAUUCCACCGUGUUUCAAGUUGCCUGGAAACUGGUGCGUGGUGCUGGACAAAACUGGAUAGAUCCUAAGCCACAGUGGAGGCUGAAGAAGAGAGGUGGUGACUGGAGACAUGAUGGAUGACCCUGUAGGGCACUACCCACGAGACAGUGACUACUACCCUUAAUUUUAAACAAAUGGUUAAUAUUCUGAACUUGAACAAAAAAAAGUAACAGCCUUGUUGGUAUUAAUAUAAAUAUAUUAAUAUUGUUAAUGAUUUAACUUUGAUUUCAGUCUCUGAAGCAUUCUUUUGUAUGUCAAACUGUACAGACUCAUGUUAAUAAUACAGAUGUCAAAACUGUCUGGCAAGAAAUAAUUUGCAAGUCUGAUUUUUAUUUCCCCCUCAGCUGGAUGUCUGAUAUUCAAAUCGUUUCACCUUCAUGCUCCAAAUUAGAUUACCUCGACACACUGAGGAGUCUGCUGGAAGUCUUUUUUAAUUUUUUUUUUUUUUUUCCAUUUUAAGUGCUGUAAGCCUGAAAGAAAAAAAGGGUUCCAUGCUGGUAUAUAUAAUUUUUGAGCAUUCAUGUUUAUAGUAAAAAUACAUGUGAUUGAAAAUGUCUAUGCAAAGCUUUAUUUUUUUCAACUUUUACUCAUUUUUCUUACCGUUCAAGAACAAUAUUUUUGCAUGAAAGUGACUUUAAUGUUACUCUGUGGAUGUUGUAGGAAAUACAAUAUAUGUGCUUUAAACAGGAUCCACAAUAUUAACUUCUUCAA